UAUCUAUCUAUCUAUCUAUCUAUCCAUAGAAUACUAGUACAUACAAGUAAGGAAAGACGAUGGAUCGACCUGUACAGUACUACGACGAUUUGGUGAAAGCCGCGUUGGCGUCUGGCGACUACGAGCUUCUCCCCGGGUCCAACAUUAUCCAGCUAAGAGAUACUACUACUACUAUACGCGUGGGAAGCAUUACGACGCUGUUACCGCAUUCGCGCAACGACAAGGCAUUCGAUCUGGCGUUUCCAUUGGCGACCUACUUGGCCGUCCAAGACUUUAAUCAUCGACGAUCGGUAGUGCUCGAUGAUUCCUCUUUGGAAACACUUCAGCAGUGCAACUUGUACUUGACACUGCGCAUGCGAGAUACCAAAUUUUCGGCCAGUCAAGCCACCCGCGAGUUUGUGGACGAAUACUUUGGAAUUCAUGAUACUACUACUAGUAGUAGUAGUACUAGUACUAGUAGUGAAACACAACAACAACAGUCCUCUUUGACGUCCUUUGCGACGGUGGGUCCUCUCUUGUCGUCCUCUUCGACAUCCGUCGCUACCAUGGCCGCCUCGACGUUCUUUCCCACGACAAGCCAACAAGGCGUGAUUACCAUAUCCCCGGCAUCGGGAUCGGAUGUCUUGGAAGAUCGAUUUGCCUAUCCCUACUUUGCCCGUACGCAUACGUACAGUGUCGGGAGAAUGGCCGCUCUCUUGGCGUAUCUGCAUUCGCCACUAAAUGUCAAACACUUGUCCAUUCUCCACGUGGCUAACGACUAUGGAUUGGGAUAUCUCAAGAGUGUCACACAAGCGGCACGCAAAUUCCAUAUUCAAAUUCAUGUGACCAGUUAUCGCGAUGGUGAUAUUGCGAGUAUGCAAAACGCCAUUUCGGUAUUGGCGGAAAUACCCACGACGUAUCAUUUGGGAAUUUUGACGGGAGGACAAUAUCGAGAAAUACUACUCCAACUACAUCGUCACAAUCUACUGGGACCCGACAGUCCACGAGAAUGGUUCUUUGCGGGGUCCGUCCGGGAUAUCACCGAAGAAACUGCCAGCAGUGACAAUUGGGAGUUGCAUCGCGCCAUGCACGGGACCGUGUCGGUGGCUACUUCGAAAUCGCCCUUUGCGGAACGAUUGGAAACACUGUUGGUACAAUUUCAACAGGAUACCACCCAACAAGAGGAUUUUUUACAACAACAAGUCUCCGGAUUUCUCGUGAACAAUUCACAAGCGUUACAAGAUUUCCUGGCCGACGAAAGAUUCCCGCGGGUUUCCGCCGCCCCCGCACGCACAUACGAUGCCACCAUGGCCCUCGGAUUGGCCGCCUGUCAAUUGGAGGCCAUGCAAAAAAAUACAACCACACAAAAUUUGCAUCACGAAAUUACCAAACUGGCGUUUCGAGGAGUCGAUGGGCCCGUUCAAUUCCUCGAAACGGCGUCGCGAGAUCCCAGUCCCAUUGAUUAUCGAUUGGUCAAUCUGCUCAUGGGUACUACAAUUGUCGUGGAUGCCAACAACACUCUCAAAACUGCCGCUUUUACGUACGAAACGAACAGUGUCAUUUUGAGUCAACACGAGGGAGUCCUGGAGGUAGUCCAACCCAUGAUUUGGAGUGACAACACCACAAAUCAGCCACCUCCGUUGAUUCCACUGACGCCCAAUCAGAAUUUGGUAUCGCGCGGAUUGCAAGCAUUUUGUUGGGCCAUUGCGGCGGCGGUACUGAUUACGUCCACGUUCUGUGCCCUCUGGACGCUCUACCGACAAGAUCGACCCGGUCUUCGUGCCAGUCAACCCGUCUUCAUGGUCAUGAUGUGCGUCGGAACAUUUCUGAUCGGAGGUGCCAUUAUUCCAUGGACGUUUCAGGAACCCAUGUCACGAGAACAAUUGGACCGCGGGUGCAUGUUGAAUAUGUGGAUGCUUUCCAUUGGAUUCAGCACCACCUUUGCCAGUCUCUUUGCACGAACGUGGAGAGUGCGGUCCUUAUUUUCGCGGGCCAGUUCCUUUCGACGGAGCACUGUCUUUGUUCGAGAUGUCGUAUGGGUGCCGUUGGUAUUGAUUGCUCUCAAUGUGGUCCUCUUGACGUUAUGGACGGUCCUGGAUCCACUCCGGUGGCAGAGGAUCGUCGUGUCGCGCGAUUAUUUUGAGCGAACCGUGGACAGUUAUGGCACUUGCUUUCAUAUGCAAGAUCAGAUUCUGGCUCGUGUGUUCUUGUUGCUCGUGGUGGCCAUUAACGUCCUGGUCAUCUUGGUAGCGGCUGUGCAAGCCUAUCGAGCCCGACGUCUCCCGAGCCAAUACAAUGAACGAUACCAUUUGGCCAUUGCGAGCUUUUUGAUGCUGGAAGUCAUGCUGUUGGGCAUUCCACUAUUGCUGGUCUCGGGGACGCAAGAUCCGGCAAUGCUCAUGGUCGUGGGAAGCUGGAUGUUUGCCAUUAGUGCCUUUGCAGUGCUGCUGCCCAUGUUUCUUCCCAAGAUUGGUGUGGAAGAAGGGUUCAUGGAACGACCAGAUACUUUUGCAAACAGCAUCCAGCAGAGCAUGAUGCAAGUCCGAGAGGUUCGCAGUCAAAGACAAAUCAACAGUCAUCGACACCAGUCGAGCAACAACAGCAGCAAUACUCCGCCGAAUUGGGCGGAUAGCUCUGGAGCCAACAGCAGCCGCUACAUGAAAUCAUCAUCCAGACGGCAUGCUGCCCAGGGAAGUGGCGAACUAUCCCAACCAUUCUCAAACGGUAACGGCGCCAGAAAUUAAAGGAUUCUUGGGGAUGCGUCAACGAAAGACCGGGCGGGAAAAACCCUGAUCAACGCGAGCAUUUUCAAGCGUCAUGAUGCACUUGCUUUCCUGAUCAUGGGACGGUUGGUGCGAAGUCGGGCACUGCACGUACCAACGACACAAGCUUGGUUUGAGUGGAUGAGCAGCACACGAUGACGCCCACGAGAAUGAUCUCUGGUGAAGCGGUGCAGUUUUCGAGGUGCCAAAAUUUUUGCCGUCUUGCUACGCUGCAACACUACAGCUACUCUACGGGCCGCAGCCAGGUGUGGAAUCGGAUCUUCUUGACGGCUUUGCAAAGGGAAUGAAUUCGUACUGGUACCGGUAUCGGUGCUACGAUGUACCGCAAGUGGUUGCGUGUGCUGUAGCUGGCCUUCUCGAGCUUCCCGCGACCAAUCCAGUCCUAUAUGGCACACGUGUCCACAAAAUCGAAGUGAAGGAGAAGUUCAUCUGGUGUUAAAUCACCAGUUGCCACAACGACACUUUGCUCCUACCAGCUGGACCCAAGAAUGACCAGAAAAUUUGAAAAUUUAGUAAUGAAUUAUGCUGAG